UUAUUGGCCAGGCAUCGCUGGGGGCUCCGGGGGGGGGGCAGAGCGUUCUCCGGCCGAGCGCCCCCUCCGCCUCCCCCGGGACGCCCCGGGGCUCUUCCGCAGGCGGGCGGCCCGGAGCUUGGAGGGCUCGGCGGCGCUCGGUUGCGCGGCGUCCUCCGGAGGGCGGAGCCGGCGCUCUCCAGCCCGCCCCGCGCUCCUCCCGGGGGUAUUUGAGGCGGCGGCCAGGCCGGGAGUGACUCAGACGCGCCGCCGCCGCCGUCAGCCGGAGAGCCGCGCCCGCCUCGCCUCGCUCGCUCGCCCGCCGCCAUGGAGACCCCCGCCGGACAGAAGCGCGGCCCCCGCAGCGGGGCCCCCCCGACGGCGCACUCGCCCGCGCGCAUCACCCGCCUGCAGGAGAAGGAAGACCUGCAGGAGCUGAACGACCGGCUGGCCGUCUACAUCGACAAGGUGCGGUCGCUGGAGUCGGAGAACGCGGGGCUGCGGCUGCGCGUCACCGAGUCCGAGGAGGAGGUCACCCGCGAGGUGGUGGGCAUCAAGGCGGCCUACGAGGCCGAGCUGGGCGACGCGCGCAAGACGCUGGACUCGGUGGCCAAGGAGCGCGCGCGGCUCCAGCUGGAGCUCACCAAGGUCCGCGAGGAGUUCAAGGAGCUCAAGGCCAGGUGA